AUGCCCAGUCCUAGCUACGUUGCUAUCUACUUCAACAUCUUCUCUCAGCUCUACCCUCGAAUUGCCCGUCUUUCCCCGGAACAGCGCCUGGCCGACUUUGACCUCAAGCUAGUGAAUGUUUUCCGAUACGGCGUCCUCUCUCCCAUUUAUGUUGCCACUUUGCAGGCAACCAGCUUAGCCACCGCAGCCCAAACGACUAUCAGUCAGACCGUUUCGUCUACCCGACCAUCCCUGGUUUCCAACAAUAUUAGCGAUGGUAACAAUGACAAUAGUAAUGAUGUUACUUGUGACACUGUCGCCAGAAGCACAUCUAACCAUCUUACAUCGGCGAGCUCUGUCACUUUUGCCACAACUGGUCUAUUUGCAGAGAUCAACAAUCCCUUACACCUAAAGACCUCUAGUGGGCUGAUUCUGGUGCCAGUACUUGAUGAUACAUGCUUAACUCCAUCGCAGCUUGCUAUUUUCAACUGUUUUGAAUUGCUGGCAAGAGUAAAUACAAGGACUGUCUGA